AUGGCGACACCGCGUUCCCCGAGCCCCCGCGGCGACGCGCUCCUGGACUCGGCGCCGCUCCUCGGCGGUGUCGGGCGGCGCCGCGGGGGCGCGCUGCGCCGGCCGUCGCUCCGGGGCGCGGCGCGGCUGCUGCGGCGGGGCGGGAGCCGUCGCUGCUGGUGUGGGAGGCCGCGGCGGAGCAGCUGGAGGAGCGGCAGGCGGACUGGGCCUACUCCCGCCCCGUGGUGGCGCUCGACUUCCUCUGGAACCUCGCCUUCAUCCUCGUCUCUGCCGUCGUGCUCGUGCUCAGCCACGACGAGAGUCCCUCCAUGCCGCUCCGCUUCUGGAUCGCUGGGUACGCCGCCCAGUGCGUCGUCCACAUGGUCUGCGUCGCCAUCGAGUAUCGUAUGCGAUACGGCCAGCGCGGCGGGUCGCCAGUUCCCGCCGACGAGGAGAGUGGAAGUGGUACAUCGUCCUCCUCCAGCGAUGACGACGACAGAGAGCACAGCUCCCGUGGUCGAAGUGGCGACUGCCUCAGUUAUGGGGAACAACAUAUCAAGGGGUGACUGUGACUGUUGA